AUGACGCACAUCGUCCGCGACGUGGACCGGCCGGGCUCGAAGCUGCACAAGAAGGAGGUGGCGGAGGCCGGUGCUGGCCCGGCCGCCGAGCCCCCGGCGCAGCUCCAGCCGGCCGGGACCCUCGGCGACAGCUGGGACACCCCGAGCCGCGGGCGGAAACACUCCGCUCCCAUCCGCGGCAGGGUCGUUGCGGCCAGCUGGGCGGGGAUGCAGGCGAUGGUCCUCGUCAAGGUGGGCGACUGGCGUAUGGAUCUGAGGCCAGACUCGAGACGGAACUUUGAGGAGCUUCCAGGAACGCUCCCAGCUCGGGAAGAUUCAAGCCCCCUGGACUCCAGCGGAGCAGCCCGCGUCGGUCGAAGACUGCGCCGUCUUCCCGACAGCAUCCUGGUCUACGCAGGAAAUUACACCCCAGAGCAGCUGCGCCAGAAGUCGCAGGCUCGGGCUGUGGCGUCCGGUGCUGUCUCCCUCGUGGCCAGUGGCUCCCUCUUUCUCUUCGUGCUGCGCCCUUUGGUUGGCACCUAUAGCGCAGAGAACUGCGGCGAUGCCCUGCUGCACGUUGUGAUGCUGCAGGCCGUGACCAUUCUGGAGGCGCCGCCCAUGGUCGUCGUUGGCCUCGUGGGCUACGUGGAGACGCCGCGAGGCCUCCGCGCGCUGACUACCGUGUGGGCCGGCCACCUGAGCGAGGAGUGCAGGAGGCGCUUCUACAAGGCGUGGCACAAGUCCAAGAAGAAGGCCUUCACCAAGUACGGCAAGAAGUGGGCGGACGCUUCCAAGAACGGGGACGCGAAACCCAUGGAGGCGGAGAUCUCGCGCGCCAAGAAGUACUGCCAAGUGAUCAGGGCCAUCUGCCACACGCAGGUCUCCAAGGUGAAGAUCGGGGCGAAGAAAGCCGUCAUCAAGGAGAUCCAGGUGAACGGCGGCACCACCGAGGCCAAGGUGGACUGG